AUGCUUCAGGAAGGCGCACACGGAAAAUGGACAGUAUCUAGCAGUGAUGAAAGUACUGAGGAAAAUUCUGACAGUGAAAAACCCUCUACAUCUUUGCUAUCAGAUGCUGCACGUGGCAGAACAAGCGAGCCACAAUAUCCAUGCUCUGAAGCUAGGAAAGCUGCUCACAAGAGAAAAGCUUCUCCCUUGAAGCUCAGUGAUAAAAAAACUUCUACAGAAAUACCUCCAGCAGAAAAACAGAGAACUAGCCAAGAAGGCUUAGGCUGGUGUCUUUCUAGUAGUGAUGAAGAGCCUGAAGAUCAGGAAAAGCAUGCCCACAAAGAAACGCUGAAAGAAGAAAAAUGUGAUGCACCCAAAGAACAUCCUCUGAAUCUUUGCAAAGAUGAUGAAAUCUCAGAGAAUCAGAAAGCAGAGGAGUAUGAUGAAACACUCAGUGAAACCCAAGAUACCUGGGAUUUGUUGAAUGGAGGAAACCCUUUCAGGUUUUUUCUCACUAAAGUCAGAGGAAUUGAACAGAGCUAUAAUUCUGGAGCCCUGCACAUAAAAGAUAUUUUGUCUCCUCUUUUUGGGACUCUCAUGUCUUCUGCCCAGUUUAACUACUGUAUAGAUGUGGGAUGGCUUGUAAGACAGUAUCCACAGGAAUUCAGGAAGAAGCCAUUGUUGAUAGUUCAUGGCGAAAAGAGAGAAUCCAAAGCUGAACUGCUUGCACAAGCACGCCCUUAUGAGAACAUUAGCUUUUGUCAGGCUAAACUGGAUAUUGCAUUUGGAACUCACCAUACGAAAAUGAUGUUGUUGUCAUACGAAGAAGGUCUUAGAGUUGUGAUACAUACAUCCAAUCUUAUUGCUGAAGAUUGGCACCAGAAGACUCAGGGAAUAUGGCUAAGCCCUUUAUAUCCAAGGCUACCUCAGGGAUCAAGUGAUUCUGCUGGUGAAUCGGAAACUAAUUUUAAAUCUGACCUAAUAAGUUACUUGAUGGCUUACAAUUCUCCUGCGCUUAAGGAAUGGAUAGAUCUGAUUCAAGAACAUGAUUUAUCAGAGACCAGAGUGUAUCUGCUUGGUUCUACCCCUGGACGAUAUCAAGGUAGUGAUAAAGAAAAGUGGGGUCAUCUUAGGCUCAGAAAGCUUUUGAAAGAGCACGCUUCAUCAAUACCAGCACGGGAAUCCUGGCCUGUUGUUGGUCAGUUCUCAAGCAUUGGUUCAAUGGGAGCUGAUGGGUCCAAAUGGCUGUGCUCAGAGUUCCAGGAGAGCCUGGUGGCUGCAGGCAGCAGUGUGACAACUCUCCUUAAAUGUGAUGUUCCAAUUCAUUUGGUUUAUCCUACUGUGAACAAUGUGAGACAAAGUCUGGAAGGCUAUCCCGCUGGUGGCUCACUUCCAUACAGUAUACAGACAGCACAGAAACAGCUGUGGUUGCAUUCCUAUUUUCACAAAUGGUCAGCAGAAAUCUCGGGUCGAAGUCAUGCUAUACCUCACAUUAAGACAUACAUGAGACCCUCUCCUGACUUCCAGAAGAUUGCAUGGUUCUUAGUUACAAGUGCCAAUCUAUCUAAAGCAGCUUGGGGAGCUCUGGAGAAAAAUGGUACCCAACUGAUGAUUCGUUCUUAUGAACUUGGAGUCCUUUUCUUGCCUUCAGCGUUUGGAUUGGAUAAAGGUUACUUUCACGUGAGAGGGAAAAUGCUUUCAGAAAGUAAUGAUUCAGCAACAUAUUUUCCUGUACCUUAUGACCUGCCACCAGAACAGUAUGGAAGCAAAGAUCAACCAUGGAUUUGGAAUAUUCCUUACACUAAUGCCCCCGAUACACAUGGAAAUAUGUGGGUUCCAUCGUGA